AUGGACGAUAUAGGCCCCGCGAAGAAUGGUGGUUUUUUACCAUCCAAAAUGGCGGCUGUCGAUAGCCUCCUGCGUAGCAAUCCAGAACUCUAUCGAGGGCUCGAAAAAGCUGCGCUGGCUCCGCUCUUGGCCGAGGAGCAGGCUCGACGCCAUCUCCAACGUUUGAAAGAGGUUGAGGCGUUGAAGGCUUCCGAGGUGGCUGAGAAUAAAGCCCAGAUUAGGUCACUCAUGCAGAAAGUACAGUCACUGAAGUUUCAGCCGGCCAUGCUCAGUGAUGAGGAUGCCACGCGAGAGAUGAAACGUCUGCGGCAGCGGCUGAGCGGCUGGAUCAAUGCCUGUUUUCGCAACACAGAGCUCCUGGACAGGCUGAGGGAGGACCUCCAAGACAAUGGAGCAGCCUUCGUUCCAAACAGACAGCACGAACUACGUGCCUUUAUCUCCUCCGCUGUCAGUGGAACCUUCUAUGAACAUGUCUUUGGUCCCUUUAUAAUGGGACUCUCCAAUGAAGAAGUCUUCAGGACUAUUGCGGAGAAAGUACAGGAUUGCUGCCCUCGACAUGUCGCCCAUCACUGGCGCACAGCAACAAGCAUAGCGGUGGAGGAGCUUGGUGAUGAGCCCAAAGUCAUUAAUUCUGUGGUGGCGCAAGUUGAGACGGACUUUGCACAAUAUUUCUCGAUUGAUCCUUCCAGGGGGAGCACCAAAUUGCGGACUCUGGUCCGGGCUUGUAUACAGUUCAAGCGUCGGUUGGAUCGCCAGGAAAGUCACUAUCGCUUCUUCCGCAGCGCCUUUGGUACCCCAUAUAACCCAGACACCAUGCAGCACGUCCUGACUUCGGAGGAUGUUGGCAAUCACGUUCAAUGCGCCUUGUGGCCGGGACUGUCCAAAGAGUCGGGGCCGGAUGGUCUUGUCGUAGAACCAGAAACGGUCUUGGCCACCAAGACUGAAAUAUGCGAUAAGCCCAACUGGCUAUGGAGCCAAAAUGACUUUAUGCUUGGCUUGCUGGAAAUCGAUGACUGGGGGAAGACAAUGGAUGGAUUGGUUCCUGGACUUGACCAUUGA